GUUCUUGCCAUCCCUAAUGUCAUACCAUCCCCAAAACAAAAUCGUCUGACUUUUUGUAAACAAAAAGCAACUUCUAUCUUCUAUCUAGUGACUUUUGCCCGCUCCCCCCUGGAGCUACUCGUUCGUUGGAAUCUGACUGCCCACACUGCUCCGGAAUGGAAUCGCCCAGUGCUCGCACGCCCGGCAGUUCUCUGGGGGAUUGCGAGGGCAGGGCCAAUGGCAACGGGAACACCACCAUGGUGCAGGGCAUCUACCACGAGCGCCAGACGCGGCACCUGUGCGGCCUGCACGCCCUGAACAACCUCUUCCAGACGCCGGACACGUUCUCCAAGUCGGAGCUGGACGACUACUGCACCACCCUGACCCCGCGCAACUGGCUGAACCCGCACCGCUCGUGGAUCGGGUGGGGCAACUACGACGUCAACGUGAUCAUGUACGCCCUGCAGCAGCGCAACUGCGAGGCGGUGUGGUUCGACCGCCGGCGGGACCCACAGUGCCUCAACCUGGGCGCCAUCUUCGGCUUCAUCCUGAACGUGCCGGCGCAGAUGAGCCUGGGCUACUACAUCCCACUGCCCUUCCAGAUGCGCCACUGGCUGGCCCUGCGGCGCAUCAACGGCAGCUACUACAACCUGGACUCCAAGCUGCGCGAGCCCAGGUGCCUGGGCGCCGAGGAGCAGUUCCUCGAGUUCCUGGCCAGCCAGCUGCAGCUCGACCACGAGCUCUUCCUGGUCCUGCACGAGGUGGACGGCGAGAAGGACCAGCAACGCUGGCUGCUGCCGCAGUUCAGGGACUAAGGCUGCUGUUAUGCGAAUAAAUUUAGCGUGGUGCCACAAACUAUCAGUUAUUUAAUCACUUACUUUAGUAGAUCGACCGACAAGUGCCCUAGUAUUUAAACUACAUUUUGUAUUCGCCCUCUUCUAAUCUUUAAUGGCCAACCUGUGAGCCCAAGACAGCAAUUGUUGAGACAAAGCAAAGGUAAUAAAGUCCAAGGAAGCAGCUACAA